AUGGACCAGUACAUGGCAACCAACGCUCCAGCUCCCACGCCCGCAACACCGCCGAAAGAUGACCUCAACGCCGCCGCCCCAUCCACACCGACUCCAGGCCCAUCGACGACACCUGCCCAUGACAUGUCAGGCUCACCACACGCCGACUCCUCCUCUGCACUGGCCGCCUCGGAACUGCCACCGCUCCCAGCAGACAAUGAAGACGACGACAGCUUCCUUCGCCAGGACUUCAGGGAGGACCAGGAUGGCAGCGUCUUCAUGGACCGCGAAAUGAAACGCCAAUUGAUGGACAUGGAGUCCAGUUUUAUUCCCGAACCCCCUGUGCAGCCUGCUCCUGUACCAGCGCAGUCGGGCGCAGACGAUACCUAUCUGUUUGGGGGCUCACCAGGCAACGUACGUCCAAUGUCGCCGGCUGUCGAAGGCGACACCAGUCUCCAGAGGGUCAUGGCAAAUCUAGGAGAACUAACCAAACCGAAGAAGAAGAAGCAGCAGCAGAAGCAGCAGCCCAAGAAGCUCGAGGUCAGGGGCGGAAACACACCAACCAAGCCACAAGCCGAGUCAUCUUUCAUACCGGAAGAGCCUCCCACGCCUGCAGAUGCCUACAAAACGCCUGCAGCGCGACAGCUCAGCUUCAGCGAAGAUUGCUCCAUAGAUGCCACCGACGCCACCGCUUCAACACCAGAAGUAGCCCCUUCUUCGCCUUCUGCAGCUGCAGCACGGCGAAACAAGUCACGGUCCAUUGCAGAGACCAAUGAACAGACCGUUGCAGAGCGGUCAGGCGCGCCCGAGGACGAGGCCUCCUUAGACGCACUCGCCAAGGAAACCGGCGACUCACAACGACCAACUUCUAGCGCGUCCACGGUGAAAGCGCCAGAUUUCACACAGAUGGAAGAAGGCUCCUCACUUACUACCGACCCCGAAACUAGUACCGAGAGCGCGGCUGAUGUGACACGCUCAACUGCAACCACUUCUUCGCGGCUUAGCAACCGACCGACCUUCCUCCAGCACCGACACUCCAGCCAACGGUCAUCCAUUUCCUCGCUCACGAAUCGCUCCGAUGUCUCAGGAGACGGGACCAGUACAGCCAGCUUAGGUGCAGACUAUUCUUUGCAGACUGGUGGAGCGAUCCCGCGCUCUAGCGGGCCCAACAGACCGAGCGUAGGCUUGUCUAGACUACCCAGCCUGGGCAGUAUUGCUUCCUCCAUGUCUGCGUACAGUGACAUCAACCCUUGGGAAAAGAAUCGGAGCAUUGGCACGAACUCAUUGACCGGAUACAUGCAAUUGGAUGGUAGUCUAGGGAGACUAGAGGAAGAGGUGUUGAGCAACGACAAUCCUGAGACACCGCGCGCUCCUAGUGUUCAGCCGUCGGCUCCAACUGAUACAGUCAUUACCCGGCACGUUCAAGACAUCCAAGUCCCGGAUACCAUUGCGCGUGAAUUCAGAGCGAAGCACUCCCGUUCCCCAGACAAACGACACAUGGCUAACCCCUUCACCCGGAGCAAGCAUAAUCUUACUCUUAAGGAGCAAAAUAGCAAAAUCGACAAGCUUAGCAAAGAGAACUUCGAUCUCAAGCUCAAGAUUCACUUUCUUGAUCAAGCAUUGCAGAACAGGUCUGAUGAGGGUGUCAAGGAAAUGAUUUCGAAAAAUGUACAGCUACAGACCGACUUAGCUACCGAGAAGAAGGAUAAUCAAUCGUUACGAAAGAAGUUGAAGGACCUCGAACGAAGACUCAAAAUCCAGGAAGAUGGCCGUGCUGCUGGUAAAGACGUGGGCAAUGGAUCGGACGAUGACAAGAGCGAUUCUUCUAGGCAGGCUGAAAUGGAGGAAGAGAUAGAGUUUCUGCGGGAGCGCUUGGAAAGCACUGAGACUAUCGUAGAGCAGUGGCAGCAGGAGGCCUUACAGAAAGAGGCUGAUAACAGACGAAUGGCGGAUUACAUCAAAACCAUGCGAGAAAAGAGUCCAAAUGGCGAGUCUGCUGGUCUUGAUGAAGCUGUCGUCAUGUGGAAAGAGGACCUUGAGGAUGAGCGUGCCCGAAGGGAGCAGGUCGAGACGCGCUGUCAACAAGCCGAGGCGGAUUGUGAAAAGCUUCGUGAGGAAGUCCAACGCUUGCGAGAGCAGAACCAGCAGAUGCAACAGAACGCAAUGGUGAAUCACCAUAUUCACAAGUCGCAUAGCACACGCCGUCUUCACCAGUCCUUUGCAGCGCGAUCAAACACUGGCUCAGACGCCAAUGAACAGAAUGCGCCCCUGUCUGCCGGUGGAACGAGCAGCACCCUGGUAGAUCAACUGCAAAACGAUAACGAGAAACUUCAGCGAGAUCUCCACGCACAAGCUUCCAUGCUCACAUCUAGGAAUAGAGAGAAUCUGAGGCUGAGAGAGGAGAAUGAAGGGCUAAAGCUCACCAUUCGAAGAGGAGAUACAGGGUCCAUCGCUGGUGAUAGCAUAUUGGAACGCUCCAUCUCCCGCAACCAUAUGAGGUCUGCAUCGAGGGCCAGUGGUGGAACAAGAAUGACUCAAAUGAGUGACCCUGAACGAGACGACCUGGAAAGUAAGCAUGCUGCUCUGCGAGACGAGCUUUCGCAACUGAAGCUGUCCUACAAAGAGCUCGAUGACCAGCUCAACGGCCAUCUCGACAUGCUGGAAACUGCAGAAAACAAAAUUAAAGAAUGUGAGAAGGAGAUCGAGGCGCAGAAUGAAGACCUUCAAGCGCUUUCGUUGGAACGUAACGAAGCAUUGGAAUUCUUACAAGACAAGGAGCAGGAAUGCGAGGAACUCAGACAAGAAGCUUUGGACACGGUACAGAGGCUCGAGAUACAAUUGGAGCAGACGCAGAACGAACGCGACCGAAUCUUGAACGAUCUUGAAAAUACCACAGAAGAUUUCAACGCCCUGCAACAUGAGAUGAAGAGUGUCAGUGAGAGUCUAGUGCAGCUUGAAGACGACCGAGAUGCUAGUCUGCGCAGGAUCCAGAAUCUAGAGUCUGAGCUCAGCGAUGCUAACCAGGAGUUGAGCCGACAGGACAAGCUUCUCAACGAUGAAAGAUCAAAGAAUGAGAGGCUUGAUAUCCAACUGGAAUCGUGUCAAGGCGAGAUUGACUUCCUGCGAGAAGAGCAGGAAGGAGAUAAGAUCAAGAUUGGGGAGCUCGAGGCGGCCUUCAACAACGCACAGAUCCAACUAGAAGACGAGAAGGAGCGAUUGCGAGACCUGGAACAGCGUAUUAGUGAAGAAAGGCAGCAGCGCGAUGCCCUCGUCACCCAAGAGAAGCAGGAGGUGGAGAAAAUCAUGAAUGAUCUCAACACGCAAUUAUCCAAGCUCAAAGAAGAUGCAAGGAAACUCCGCAAGACGCUCUCUAGCAAGGAGGUUGAGGCUACCACAUGGAAGCAACGAUAUGAUGAGCUUGAGAAGCAUCUUCGUGAUGCCCUUGGCAAUCCCGACGGUACAAGAUCAAGUCUAUUCAAGGAUAUCGCCAAACUUCAACGCGAUCUUGAGGCAACUGGACAUGAGCUCAGUGCGACCAAGACAGAUCUUGCGGAGAAGGAUCGUCUUUUGCGUAAUCGCGACGCCCUACUUGAGAGCACUGGUAUGGAAAGCCGUCGUUUAGCCGACCUCCUUGAGCGCGAGCGUCAGGCUCGACGACAAGAUCAGACCGCAUUCGAAUCCGCUAAACGUGGUCAUCAAUCUGUCACUAGGACGAUACAGCAGCAUGAAACAAGGGUACUAGAAUUAGAGACUCUGCGUAGCCAGGAUCGCCAACGGCUCCAUAGCUUAGAGAAGCAGUACAAGGAGCAACUGCUCGAGCGUAACAAUCUGCUUUAUGCGCUUUGGAACCGUCUUUCCACUCUUUGUGGCGCGGAGUGGUGCCGCAACAAUGCCCUCGUCAACGGCGAGCUUACUUCGAUGGAGCUCAUCUCGAAAAACAUUCAAGGUUUCAACCGCAACAUUAUUCUUGCUGUCAAGACAGUGGAAGGUGUUAUUGGCGGGUUUAAACAGCGGAUACGAGCCAUGGAGAAGGAUCUGGUUCGAGACUAUCAAACAUUAGAGCAUUCGCUUGAUGUUCGUGUGAAGCGACUCGAUCAACUUGAAAAGCUCGUUUCAGCACAACGGCAGUCAAUCGGGAGACCGAGUACGGUGCGUGGUGGUCUUGUCGAUGUCAACUCCACCGAAGUGACGAAGCUUCGGUCCGAGAAUAAGAACCUGCGAACAGAAGUUCAGACCCUACGCGCCAUCACUUCUACGACACAAUCUGGUAACGAGGUCAUCGUUAGCCGUUCACCGUCCCGCGCAGGAUCACCCACCUCAUCCAAGCGCGCUAGCAUGGCACAGACACUACUACGUGCGCAAUCUGCUUCUGUUGUAGAACAUCUUCAACAGACCCCGACAGGCCACCCAUAUCCAGCAUCUGUGCCGCUUCAGCCGAGUGAACAGAAAUGGAUACAUCGACUGAAAGAGUUGGAACGUAGACUAAAAGCCGAGCGAGAAGCGCGACUUUUGGAUCGAAGUGGUGCAAGGAAAAGGCUUGAGCAGAAGGUGGAAGAGAACGCCGAACUCCGAUCUGCGCUCGAGAAAGAAAGAGACCGACGAGAAGAAGACGGUCCUCAGGGUGAAACCAUUAGCAGGAGUGUCUCUGCAAGUGGCAGUCGAGGCGCACGAAGCGGUCGGGUGAGUGUAGCUGAUAACAGAAGGACAGCGAGUGGCAUGGGGCGACAUGAGGACAUGUAUUAG